UAAUCCAAUCCCUGCCUUGCUUUCUCCUGCCUUCAUGUAAUCUUCCUUUUAGUUCCUCCUAAUUCCAAAUGCGUGAAAGGAAAACCACAAAGCUGUCACUCAUCGAAGCAUUUGAGAUCUUGCUUCCUGGCAGUUGUCCUCAGUUUUGGCUCUAAUAAACGCAGAAAAAAUUCCCUACAGGUUUGGACAUUUUUAUGUCAACAUCAGCACUGGCUCCAAAAGUGGACUUUUGCUCCAGAACUUCCUUCUCUAAAUUCUUAUGUACACAUUCCAUCUCACUGUGAAGUAUGUGGAUCCCCAACCACCUGGGAAUGGAAAACCAAAAGGAGGUCAGCAAGUAGAUUCAGCUAGGGUUUGCCAUAGACUGAGGAGGGCGGAGCAGUCACAGCCUCUUGGUUACCUUGGUAGCCACAGAAUAAAUUUAUUAUAGCACUGAAGCAAAAAACUCAGACAUAUACAUUUGCAAAUUGAACUAUAAUAACACCAUCCAAAAUAAAAUAUAAAAAUAAAAUGGUCCUUGCACUUCAGCAUGAUUACUUCUCAGCUGCUGACUUGUGUGGCAAUUUCAGUUUUCUGUGCCUUAAAAGCCAGCUCCCUGGACACCUUUAUUGCAGCUGUUUAUGAGCAUGCAGUGAUUUUGCCGAAUGCCACCCUCGCACCAGUGUCCCGUGAAUUGGCAUUGGGGUUAAUGAACAGAAAUCUGGACCUUUUGGAGGGAGCGAUCACAUCAGCAGCAAAACAGGGUGCACAUAUUAUUGUGACUCCAGAAGAUGGUCUUUAUGGCUGGAACUUCAAUAGAGAAUCUAUCUACCCAUACCUGGAAGAUAUCCCAGACCCUCAAGUGAACUGGAUCCCUUGUAAUCAUCCCAACAGAUUUGGCCACACCCCAGUGCAAGAAAGACUCAGCUGCCUGGCCAAGGAAAACUCUAUCUAUGUCGUGGCAAAUAUUGGGGACAAGAAGCCGUGCAAUGCCAGCGACCCCCAGUGUCCCCCUGAUGGCCGUUACCAAUACAACACUGAUGUGGUGUUUGACUCUGAAGGAAAACUGGUGGCACGCUACCAUAAGCAAAACCUUUUCUUGGGUGAAGAUCAAUUCAAUGUACCCAAGGAGCCUGAGGUUGUGACUUUCGACACCACCUUUGGAAGGUUUGGCAUUUUCACAUGCUUCGAUAUACUCUUCCACGACCCUGCUGUGGCCCUGGUGAAAGACUUCCAUGUGGACACCAUACUGUUUCCCACAGCGUGGAUGAAUGUUUUGCCACAUCUGUCAGCUAUUGAAUUCCACUCAGCUUGGGCUAUGGGCAUGAAGGUCAAUUUCCUUGCAUCAAAUAUACAUCACCCCUCAAAGAAAAUGACAGGAAGUGGCAUCUAUGCACCUGAUUCUCCAAGAGCAUUUCAUUAUGAUAUGAAGACAGAGAAGGGAAAACUCCUUCUCUCACGAUUAGAUUCCCACCCAAAGCACCCAGUCAUGGUGAAUUGGACUUCUUAUGCUAGUGGAAUAGAAGCAUUCUCAACGAGAAACAAGGAGUUUAAGGGCACUGUCUUUUUUGAUGAAUACACCUUCUUGGAGCUCAGAGGAGUCACAGGAAAUUAUACAGUUUGUCAGAAAGAUCUCUGUUGUCAUCUAAGCUACAAGAUGUCUGAGAAGAGAGCAGAUGAAGUGUAUGCCCUAGGGGCAUUUGAUGGACUACAUACUGUUGAAGGGAACUACCAUUUACAGAUUUGCACUCUGCUGAAGUGUAAAACAACGAGCUUACACACUUGUGGUCACGCAGUUGAAACUGCUUCUACCAGGUUUGAAAUGUUCUCCCUCAGUGGCACAUUUGGAACCCAGUAUGUCUUUCCUGAGGUGCUGCUAAGUGAAAUUCAGCUUGCACCUGGAGAAUUUCAGGUGUUGAGUGAUGGACGCUUGCUGAGCCUGAAGCCACCGUCUGGACCUGUCUUGACAGUAACUCUGUUUGGGAGGGUGUAUGAGAAGGACCACACAUCCAAUGCUUCCUCAGGCUUCAUGGCAUACACACUAACAAUAAUGCUCAUAGUUAUAACACCUAUCCUAUACUCACUAAGUUGGUAGAAUUUUUACAUUUUCUUUAUUUUAUCUUGAAUAAUUUAAAAAAUGAUGGAUGGAUGCAUGGAUGGAUGGAUG